AUGCAUUACGUCUGCGCGAUCUUGUUGCUGAUGUACGUCGGACUAUCUUACUCUGGUGGUACGUCAUUACCAGAUUUCCCAUGCAAAUAUAGAGAUGGAACUUUAUCGGUCAUUACAAGAAGGAAUAGUUCAGUCGUCUUUAAGGAUUUGUGUAUGAAGCUUAUUUGUGAUCAAUUUGCACAACUUACCAUCGAAACAUGCCCUACACUUACUUGCGAAAAAUCUAAAGACAAUGUGCUAAUACCGUCAACUGAUAUUUUCCGGUAUGCUGAUAAUUUUCCAGAAUGCUGUCCACAAAGAAUAUGUCGUUAUCAAUAAAGUAUGAAUUAA